UCUUUGCGCAUUCACAGGACUUGCUUUACAUCCAGCUGCUCUUGAUUUGCCCCGACUACAAUCCCAGAAUGCGCGACGUUGGGAUACAUGGCGGAGAGCAAUGACUGAGGAGUUCGAUGAAGAUGUGGUGUUCCAGAACUCCCCCCUGUUCCAGUACCUUCAGGAUCUAGGACACACCGACUUCGAGGCGUGUGCUCCCGUUUCCCAGGACGAGGAUGACCGGGCCGAAGCUGAGGGGGCGUGUCUACGAGACACCCCGCCCCCUCUGAAAGAGAGCUGGGUCAGGAAGCUUAUGGGAGCUGUGCGUCGCCUGAGUCUGGUCUUCAGCACUAACGCAGCGGAGCAACAUGAACAACAACUGGAUGCAGAGUUUCGGCGCUACGCGCUGCGGUGUGUGUUGUCGCAGGACGUCCUGCUUCAGGAGGACAUUGAGCUCAUCGAGCUGCUGGAUCCCAGCAUCCUCUCUCUGGGAUCAGCUACUUCUGCCUGCCCCAGUGUGGACACGGCCUUCCCCAGACCCCAACUACUGGCCAAGCCCACUGUCUGGGAUAUCUCGAUCCUGGUGUGUUUGGCGGCUGUCCUAGCGGCAGCGUGUGUGUGUGACGACUUCGGCCUGCCUGCGUGGGCGUGUGUGUUGUGCCUGAGUGUGUGUGUGGUGCUGCGGUGCUCGGCUCUGAGGCGACGGGCGCGGCAGCAGAAGUGUGUGUGGGAGCAGUGUGUGUGCGUGGAGCGUCUGGUGACGGAGGCCCGCACGCUGACCAGUGUGUGCCGGAAAUCUCUCCGAUUGGUUCAGGAGACGGAGGUCAUCUACCGGGGGUUCACCCUUUUGCUCGACAGGGUUAGCGGCACCUGUCCCUUCAACAGAGCGGGGCCUGCGCGCCAGGCACAGCAGCUGAUUGGCCUACGCAAGGCAGCCUAUCAGAGCCUGCGCUCCGCCUUCCGAGGCUCCCGCCUCGCCACCUGCAUCAUGCUCAAGACGUUCCCUCUGUCGUCUGAGAUGGAUAAUGUGGUGAACUACGUGUCCAGUGUACCAAUCAAAGAGCUCGGCUUGGGCCUGGGGCCAGAGCAUCUCACAGACGACCAGGUGCAGGAACUCACCGAUGACUACAGCCUGCCAGCACUGAAGAUGCUGUUCCAGUUGUGGGUGGGACAAAGCUCUGAAUUCUUCCGGCGAUUGGCUCUCCUGCUGUCGCCGGGGAGACAGGAGGACUCCAGUCUCAUCAUGCAUGGGUCCAUCACCACGGUGACCCGCCCACUCCAGCACACCCUGAGUGGUUGCCUGGGCGACCUACAGCGCAGCUACGACUUCCACCGCUACUUCGAGAUGCAGCUUCAGUCACAGAACGAGAGGUCGCACUCACACACACGCCAGAGGUGUCACGAGCUCAACACCCUCCACUCUUCCGUCCGAAGCCUGCAGCUUCACCUGAAAACACUCCUCAACGAGGUGAUCAUCCUGGAGGACGAGCUGGAGAAGUUGAUGGUGGCCAAGGAGACGGUUGCCAUGACGGUGGCAGGGUACCAGGAGCUCCAGGAGCGCCUGACCCUCCUGCAGCCGCACAUGCAGGCCAGCAGCGGCAUCUGGGACGACACGCUCGCACAGGUGGACAAGAUGCUCCGCAGGGCCACCAACUGCACAGGUUCAUCAGGUUCUCCAGAUAGUUCAGAGGACUCCUCCCCACCUGUUCCUGAGCCCAUCAUUCGGUCGGUGAGCCAAAUCGCAGACAAAGACCCAGUGCCAGAGGAGCAGGAGUUGGAAGCAUAUGUGUCUGAUUCGGACUCGGAACCAGAUUGUGGGUUGUCAUUGUUGUCGCCGUGGGAACGGGAGCGCAUGAGGAGAGAGGGGGAGGAGUCUCGGCGGGUUCUUCUUGAACUGAAAUCAGUGCUCGGGUUCCGUGCCUCCGAGACGGAAAGACACAAACGACAAGUGCUGCUCUUCAAUGAGCAAGCUGCUGUGAAGCCUGUUGCUGGGGAAACAUCGGAACCAAACAACCAGACGGAACCUUCCGAGCCAGACGUUUCCACGGGCAACCACGUCGCUAUACAACAGGAAGAGGAAGGAGAGAGAGAAGCAAAGGAGGAGAGGAAAGAGGGGGAGGAAGGAGGAGGAGGAGUGGAGGAGAAAGAGGAGAGGCAUCUGGAGGAGGUCAAAGAGGAGUCGACAGAGUUCAGCUGCGGUGUGUCCACAACGGUCGCCGACGCCGACGCGGAGCAACAGAACGGAGAGGCGCAGCUCUUUCAGUUCGACGGGACGAUGGAGGAGGAGGAGGGGUCAGGGGACGGACCGCACGCCCUGGUGCCGCGGAUCCCCGCCCUGACGGUGAUGGACAGACUGACGGAGAUACACGGCGCCGAAACGCUCAGCUUCAGCUCGGCCAUCGCCGCCCAGGUGGCCGCUCGCUCACACACCUUCACAAACAUGCAGGAACACACCUUCGGCGAUUCGGAGGAGGACGAGGAGGAGGAAGAGGAGAGGGAAGGGAGAACGACUGAAAGACAAGACGAAAACGAGUAGAGAAUCUGUGCGGCUUUGAGAAAGAAACAUGAAAAGUAAAACAGACAAAAACAAACAAAAUGUACAGCCUGCCUAUUUAUCGCUACGUUUAUUUUGUCUUUUAUUUAUUGGAGAGGAGCCUGAGGUUUGUUUUUAAGGUUUUAUGGUUUGUUUUUUGUUUGUUUCUUUUUAACUUUCCUAUCAGGACCAGUGCAUUUUCAUAAACAUUAUUCAUAAACACACACACACACACAGAAGCGGAUAUAGGAAGAUGUGCACAGACACGUGCAUACACACACACACACACACUCUCACAUGCCCACCUAUUUUACCUUAUGCACACACACUGUUACACACAGGCACUCUCAUCUCCAUCCAGACACAUACGGGUCUCGCUCACAGCACCCCUCCGAUGUCUCAGAUAACCACCAUGCCCCCCACUCCCACACUCCUCCGUCCUGUUAGAUGAGAUUACUCACAUUUAUUUUUCCUUUUCUAUGCUUCACUGAUAAAAAUGUAACGUGUGUCUGUGUGUAUGGACACACCUACUCAAGGAAGAGGAGGUCGUUUGAGUGUGAGGGCACUUCUGCAGGAAGUGAUGUGGUCAUGAGACCACAGGGACAGGAAGUAUUUGAGGUAAGAGGUCAUGCCUACAGGAAGUGAUCUGGAUGUAAACACACAACACUUUCAGGAAGUUGUCCCCUCCCUGCUGUACCAGGAUCAGUGGUUGAGAAUGUUGGAACUUUCUGGAACCCUAUAAAACUGAAUGUGCGAGUGCACCUGCUUUGCAUGUAGUCACGCUCUGUGAGGGCGGGGUUUGCCUUUAUGAACCAAUCAGAGCAAUGUUAAGGAGAAGUGAUGCAUUAUGGGAGCAUUUCAGAACAGCAGUAGUGUUGCAGUUGAAUACUGACUUUUUUUGAAGGUCAAAACUCGACUUUCUCAAACAUUCAACAAUGAAAGGCAGAAUAAACAUAAUGAACAAA